AUGCGUUUGUCUGAUAUAAGUAAACAGCGGCAGCAGCAGCAGCUGCUGCAGCAGCAAGUUGCUCGUUCCCUUAAGAAAGCAUUAAAGGCUGAGUCCUUCCUUACUACACAUAAGGCUGAUUGUCUUGAGCCUUAUGUUGCUGCAAGACAAGACUUACGUACAAGCGAGAAGAUGCAGAAGGAGCUGCAGCAGCGUCGUCAGCAGCUGCAGCAGCUGCUGCAGCAGCUGCAGCAGGAGUAUCAGCAGCAGCAGCAGCUGCUGCUGCAGGAAGAAGAACAAUUAAGCAAUAAAACAAAAGAAUUAAAUGAUAGGGUGCAGCAAGCAAAGAAAGAAGCAGAAAGCUUCUGGAAUAUGCUACCUUCACAGCAGGAGAACAUUAAGUUGCUGCAGCAGCAGCUGCAGCAACUGCAGGUAUCUGUACAGCGGAAACGAGCUAUGCAUGCAGAGCUGCUGCGGGCAGUGCAGCAGGCGCAGCAGCAAGUAGAAGAACUAUUUAACUCCUACCUCGCACAGCUAGAAGUCUGCAGAUGUUCUUUGCCUCGUCCUGCGAGUUUAAAGCAAAGUCUUGCCGACUCAGAGAACGAACCCCCUCAGACACUGCAGCAGCAGCAGCAGCAGCAGCAGCAGCAGCAGCAGCAACAGCAGCAGCAGAAACAGACAGAGGAAGAGCAACACCACAUCCCUAGGACAGUGCUGCAGUCCCCUCAUAAACCCAUCGCCUGUGCGGCCACAACUAGAACCUAG